AUUGAGUGACGGACUCUUGGAGGGAUUGUACCUUCAGGAACAGCGGUGCAUGAAGUGAAGUUGUACAUGUGUAAAUGAAGGAAUUCACAUCGAUUAAAGGAUGACUGAAACCCAACAGAAGCUCCAGACCUACGAGCAGAUGUUCGCCCACAGGUUUUCCUCUGAGGACCAUGAAUACCAGCAGUAUGUGCAGAGGGCGGCGGACCCGCCCCCCACCGUGGACGACUGGAGAGGACGAGGAGGAGGAGGCGGGAACCAGAGAGGGAGGGACAACAGGUACCAGGGCUGUCGAGGACGUGGAUGGGGACGAGGAGGAGGAGGUCCGGGAUAUGGUGAGGGCGUGGCCUGGAGGGCGGAGCAUCGGGGGCAGCAGUGGCAGGAUAGAGACCGGCCCUGGGGGGGCCAUUCCAGUGGGUCUGGCCCCCCCGACCCCUACCAGGGAUCCAACCCCCCCACCCCACCACCACCAGAGACCACAUCACCACCACCACUGAUACCGGACCCUUCAGAUGCCUACCAGGGAUCCAACCCACCCCCCCACCAGAGACCACAUCACUGGCUCUGACCCCCCCAGCUGGGUUUGGACCCGUUACAUUUCCAUAUGUGGACUUAUGGGACAGUUUCUAAAGCUCUCCUCUGACCUUUGACCUCUGAGCCACACGUCCACAUUUAGUCAUUUACAGUCAUGACUCUGAUUUAAUACAUGAGUGUUUUUUAAUUGUAUCGUUCACAGUUUGAAUGUGUGUGUUAAAAAUACAAAGCUUAUAGUUGGCAAACUUUACCCAAGCUUUAAAGCACAGGUGUCAAACAUGUGGCCCGGGGGUCCAGAACCGACUCACCAAAGGGUCCAAUCAGCUGGCAGGAUGAAUUUAGGAAUUGUAAAAAUUACACAGAAGAUAUUAACAAAAUCUGAAUAAUCUGAAGAAAUAUAAACAACCUGAAAUAUUCUAAUAUAAAUCAGUGUAUUUGGACUAAUAUUCAGUGUGUUAUUAACAGGGCUGUGUAUCGGCAAGAAUCUGGCCAUACAAUACAAAUCACAAUACUAGGAUCACGAUAUGAUAUGUCACGGUAUAUCAUGAUACUGUUAAAAAGGCAAAUUUUUGUUUGU